AUGGCCAACGCUUAUGCAACUCAUGAACACAUCCUGGAGAUGUCACAAUUAAUGACCCAAUGCACUGCUCUGAACCCUCCCGUCCUGGAGACAUACAUAUUCUCGUACUCAUUGAUCGAGCGCCGUCAAUUCACCGACAUGAUGCAACUAGCAAACCACAUCCUGUUUCUGGCUCAGAUGCAGACUGACUCUGGUCUUGCCGGUCAAGUCCAGAGAAGUCUGGAGAGCUGGGUGUUGAGAGGAGACCCCAUGCCUAACCAGUUCAUUCAAGAGACAGCUAAGUUAUUUGCUCCCCUUGAUUACCGUUUUCGCGUCUUGCAGUGGGUGAGUCGCGAACAGGCCNUUGACGCACUGAUUGCUGCUUCCAAUAAGGAUGCCGAAGACCCCGUGGAUACUGUCCUCGAUGGCUUUCGUAUCAAAGAACCCUACACCUCAUUCACGCCUUGGGCAAUGAACAACCAUUCAGGCGUCUACCAUGAGACCAACAACCCACCACCUCUCUCCCCUCGCCGUCCUUCCGUCUACAAAACAGACAUCAAAGCUGAUCUAGACUGUAUAGGCUGCCCUUCCUGCUCCUUCUGCACAAAAGUCAAGCGCGACAUGCUGGCCCACGAAGCCUUGCACUGGGACCCACAGCCCUGCACUUGCUCACAAUCAGAUCAAAAGGUCAUGGCUGCAGAAAUCGACACUAUGAUCUGUUCAUGCGGUAAGCUGAUACCUGACGAAAACGCUCGUAUGCUAAGAAACUGGGAAGAUGAGGCUACUGGGCAUUUGAUCAGGAAGUUUGGUAAGUCUGAGGUCAUGAGGACGUUUUCUAAUACUACUGCUAUCCAGAUGCAGAGAGAUUUCGCGAUGCCAGAUAUGCAGCAGUACUUGGCAAUGAACACUCAAGAUUGGAAUUGA